GCCACACCUCCAAAGUUUCUUGCUUUUUAGCCUCAGGAUUUUAGCAGAUAAAGUUUUUUAUUUUUUGAAAUCGGCGGUUCCCUUCCAGCCACCAGCGCAACCUCUCGAAACCCAACGCCGGCGGAUGGCGGCGGCGAUGGCCGUUAGUUUCAGCUUAGUAGGAGCUUUCAAGGGGUUAUCCUUAGCUCCCAGCGCAUCUUCCUCUUUCCUCCGAGGUGGCGGCGACUUUGGCUCGGUCCACGUCGCCCGGCGUCCGUCAUCCGUCGCUUUUCCCUUGAAAUCUAAGGUCCCGUUGACAAUCAGAUCUGCGCACAAAAAAGGCGCCGGAAGUACGAAGAACGGCCGGGAUUCACCUGGACAGAGGCUCGGCGUCAAGAUUUUCGGUGAUCAAGCAGUAAAGUCCGGCGGUAUAAUUGUCCGCCAGAGAGGAACCAAGUUCCAUCCAGGGAAGAAUGUUGGACUCGGCAAGGAUCAUACAAUCUUUUCCUUGAUAGAUGGACUGGUCAAAUUCGAGAAGUUUGGCCCAGAUAGGAAAAAGAUUAGUGUGUACCCGCGCAUAGCGCAGCCCGAGAACCCGAACAGCUACAGAGUACGGAAGAGGGAGGCUUUCAGGUUACAAAGGGAGCGCCGAAAGGCACGGAUGGAAGGAAAAGAUAUCAUUAACAUUCCACCGCAAGUGGCGGCUCUUGCUCCAGCAGUUUAAAAACCUUUGGGACAAACAACCCAUCUACUACUGUUAAAAGAUUGUCUAGUAUUAAUGUACUUUUGUACCCAUUUGUUUCUGUUUGUAAAUGGUUUCUGUAAGAUCUACUGGAAACAUGGUCUUUCAUCUAUGAGCAAUGCUAAAACAACUUUAACUCGACAAUACUCGUACUCAUUUUGGUCUAUCUAAGUGCACUCGUGAGUCACUUUGAUCUCUUACACUUUGUAUGUUGUGUUGAGUUAAAUUCAACUAUGCAGCUAAAAAAUUUGAAUCAAGUUAGUCCAUCUAAUAAAGUUUAUUUUAACGG